AUGAAGGAGAAGCGGAGCACUACCUCAAAACAAGGUGGGAAAGUCAAAGGCAUUGGGGAUCUAGAUAAAGGCCGGAACGUUAUCACCAGUAAAAGUUCAGAUGCUGACAUUGAUAUGAGAGACAGUGAAGAAGAGGAAGAUGAUGAUGAUGAUGAUGAUGAUGAUGAUGAUGAUGAUGAUGAUGAUGAGGACGAUGAAGGGAUUGCCGCUCUGCAUAGGUUGACUGACAACUACCGUCAUUACUCAGUAGCACAAAGGCAAUAUGAACGAAAUCGCGAUAGGCAAGAAGUUGAGGGAGAUGACGAAAUUCAACUAGAGAGUAGAGAGGUUUCCACUAGGUUGGAUUAUGAUGAUGAUGAUGAGGAAGCAAUUAUUGAAGGUGAGUACGAUGAUGACGAUGAUACAGGAGAUGAUGAUGAUGAUGAUGAUGAUGACGACGAGGAUGAAGGAGUUGCAAAUGAAGAUGAUGAUGAUACUGGAGAUGGAAUAAACAACCGUUUGGAUUUAGGCGAAGAUAGUGAACAGGUGUUACAGAGACUAUACAGUGCUCUUACGGCUGCCAGACAGAGGCGUCAGCAGCAGUCACAUUCACAAGCCGAAACAACGCAAACACUACAGGAACGAAAUUCUGAAGACGGUUUAGGGGAUUGGGGAGCAACGGCUAAUGGAGAGUCUCAUAACACUGACAGUGAAGCAAAUAUGCCUGGACAGACAUCGUUUCGUACUACUAUGAAUCGAUUGUUUCCUGGUUCCGGAUUCGACGAGUUGAUGGAUAUGAAUGAUGAAAUUCAGGGACUUGUUGAGAAUUUGGGAAGACAGAUCGAUGAUCCUUUUAUUGUACUUGAGAUUCUCAAUACACUUAGCGAAAAACUUCUUAUGAUGAACGGAUUGGUCGCUGAAAGGGGAUUACCUACCUAUUCUUUAACGAAACAGCUUGUGACUAUUCUGAAAAGUCCCGAUUAUGCCGAACAUCUCGAAGUCCAGUUGGUGGCAUGCAGAUGCCUUUACAAUCUCAUUGAGGUAAAUCAGGAUGCUGUUCAUACAAUGGUCAGUUGCGGCGUUAUUGAGGUUCUUACAGCAAAACUUACGGAAAUCAAUUACAUAGACUUGGCUGAACAGGCUUUGCAAACUCUUGAAACUAUAUCACGCGAUGCAGGGCACGAGAUAAUGAAUAGGGCGAAUAUUACCACAUAUCUGACAUACCUUGACUUCUUUACUAUUCAUGCACAGAGAAAGGCUCUCAACUUAAUCGUCAACACUUGUGAUCAUAUACCAAGAUCAAAGUUCUCAGAGAUUAAAAAGAUUCUGCCCACAAUUGAACAAGUUGCUACAGAAUAUACUGACUCCAAUUGUGUGGAGAGUGCUUGGUUGGUGGUAUCCAAGGUUAUUCGAAGCUUUGAAAAUGAACCUGACAAACUCACUGAACUCAUAAACUUGAACCUUCUCAAAAAUCUUACUGCUAUUUUUCCUAGUUGUCUUGGCAAAGGUCAGCAUAGUGGAAGUAGCAUAAUAAGCUUUAGUUCUUGCAUAAAACUUAUGGACUCACUAACCUUGCUUUGCAGGUCAUCACCUCAGCUCACGCUAUUGCUUAUGAAGGAAUGCUGUCUUGGUGAUGUUCUUAGAACUUCCUUGAUGAACUAUGAAAAGACGGAUCUCGACAAAUCGCACUUGUCGAGUACUGUGAAUGUUCAAUCCUUGUCCAAGGGGAUCGACUUGGAAAAAAAUAGUCUUCGGGCAGUAUCCAUUGACGCGCUAAUGGGUACCCCCAAAGAUUUACUUAUUGCUGUCUUAAAGCUCAUUGCAUCGAUUGUUCCAUUCUUAGAGGGUGACAGAGAGAUGCUUGAUAUUGGCAACAUGAUGGGUUUCAAAAGCAGCAGUGAUAACCAGAAACAAAUCAAUAAAGUACGCGUCCAACUAUAUUCAAAUGAAGAUAAUCAAGAAACAUUUCAAGGCUUCGUCGGUGUGAUUUUCCCGAUUUUGCUCAAUAUCUACAGUUCCACCGUCGAUUACAAGAUCCGAAGAUUGGUUCUUUUGUGCACUUUGCGCAUUAUUGGAACACUUAAUCAGAAUCAACUAGCCUUAGUUGCCUAUGGUUCGAAUAUUACCUCUAUCUUAGCCUCUAUCGUGGCUCAGGGUCGAAGAGUCCUCGACAGAGCGAGCGAUUAUAGAGGUGGUCUAGACGUCAUCAGACCGUGCAUUCUCAUUUAUGGGGCGCUUUUAAUAUCACACUUGCUCAUAACUCGAGCUUCCGAGUUGUUCUUGAGCAGUUUUGAAAGAGAGGGUUUGCUAUCCCACACUCAAAAUCUACUAAAGAGAUUGGAGGAAGACGAGCGUGUGUGUCAGGUGCGUAAAAGUACUAAAAAUGGUACAGAAGAUGAUAACAAAAACGAGGGUAAAGAAGUACUUUCUCAGAUGAGUGUGGACGAGGAAGAAGAAGAAGAGGAUGAAAUUGAGGUUCAAGAGGAUGAGGACGAGUCUCCAGCAUUGUCUGAUUCUUGCAGGUCUGUAUUUUCUUCUUUCAGACAUCUUCACGGAUUUUGCGAAGAUGGGACAGUAUUUCUUUCGUUAGACACACUUCUCUAUGAACUUGAUGAACUUUGCUCCAAAAUAAAUGAAGAUUAUGUGUCUUUGGUUACUUCUAGCAUGACCCCUAAAUCGAAGCAUUCAAAAGUUUUGGAUGAAAUCAAGAUUCUUUUAGGUAAUAACAAUAGCAUGGAAUAUGACUAUCAUCAGUGGGUGGCGAUAUGGACUAAACUAGCACAGAGUCUAAGCAAUGAAAAAGACUCCUCUGCUGCCAGUAGUUUCGAAAUUGUUUCUUCUGGCAUCAUUGGAGCUCUUCUUAAAGUCUUAACAACAGAGAGACCUCAUUCAAAGUGCUGCCAGUCCUUCCGGGAUAUUUUUUGUUCAGAUUCAAGCCCUCUUGGUUCCAAUGAGCGAUUACCAUUGACACUGAUUGUGAAAAAACUUGAAGAAUCUCUUGAGAGAACUGAAUCAUUUGAAAUCGUAAGUACUGAAGCCUCAAUAAAUGCGAACUCGCGUGCAUCUUCAAUGGCAAAACAACUGAAGAUAAAACUUGUUUCAAUUGAUUCUGAGACGCAAGAAAAAGAUCGCCAAAUGAUGCUGAUGGUACAUGCCAUAGCAACGUUCAAGUCAAUCGAUGCGUUUCUUCAUGCUCGAUAUCAGCGAAUUCAAAACCUUCUGUGUACAUUUUCUCCGGAAGGAUCUGGCGAUGUCGCACAUCGUACUAAUAAUGAAGACUAUUCUUCAGGUUCAGACUUCUUUGUUGAGUUUUCCAUUGAUGGAGAAGUUAUUCCUCAUGGAACUACGAUAUAUGGUGCUAUUUACAGAUCACUACAGAAAGCCCCUCAUGAGACGGUUUCUCCAAGGCGUAUAUGGACCCCCGAGCCUCAUGCUGUUGAGUUUAGGAGAGUUCCUGGUCAUGCCCCAGCUUAUGAUGAUGAACUUUAUCCUACUGAACCCAGCGAUGAUGUAUUAUCAUCUCUUGGGGAUUCUAUCACCAUCCAAAUCUUGCAGUUACUCAAGGCUUUACACUUUCUCAAUGCCACUACUGAAAGGCCGGGUGCUUCAGACGUACUUUUCCUUAACUACAAGCUCAGUGCUAAGUUGAAUCGCCAACUUGAGGAGCCUCUUGUAGUGGCUAGUGGCACAGUCCCCGAUUGGUCAGUUACUAUUACUAGACAAUUUCCAUUUCUCUUUCCGCUGGACACGAGGGUGUUCUUCCUUCAGUCAACAUCUUUUGGAUAUUCGAGACUAAUUGAUUUGUGGCAAAAUAGGGCGAAAAGAGAGGAAGAGGAUAGUGGCGCUUCUUCAUACAUGAGCAAUAAUAACAACAGCAUUCAGCUUGGGAGACCGGUUCGUCAUAAACUUCGCCUUUCUAGAGAUAAGCUCCUUCAGGGUGCUAUCAAGGUAAUGGAUAGGUACGCUGGAGUUCCCGGACUUUUGGAGAUCGAGUAUUUUGAUGAGGCAGGAACUGGUUUGGGACCUACUUUGGAAUUUUAUGCCAACGUCUCUAAAGAGUUCAGUAAGAAUAAGUUACAGAUGUGGCGUGGAGGUGACGGCGAAUCAGAGGAUUACGUCAAUUACUCUUCAGGUUUAUUCCCUAGGCCGGUUAAUCGCGCGACUCCCCAUUACCAUAGAACCAUACAUCUGUUCUCUGUUCUUGGCAAGUUUGUCGCUAGAUCCCUCCUUGACUCCAGAAUCAUUGAUUUUGCAUUUAAUCCUCUCUUCUUUGAGCUAUCAAAGAAUAAUAUCUCUGAUGCCACUUCAGCUUCUGACCUACAAACUCUUCUUGAUCGGUUGAAAUUUGUUGAUAUUGAUCUUUAUAGAUCUUUAGCUCAUUUACAGUUGUACCUUGAUCGGUAUCGCGGGGCUCUAGAAGAUGAGUGUGAAGGUAUUGAAAUCCAGGGAUCUACUUUGGCAGAUUUAUCUCUCAACUUUGUAAUUCCCGGAUAUCCUGAUGUAGAGCUUAUUCCUAACGGAGAAAAUGUGACCUUAGGGUCAGAAAAUCUUGAAAAUUACAUCCAUGCGGUUGCAGAGUAUACUGUUGGCAUGGGAAUACAAGAUCAAAUACAGGCUUUUGCAGAGGGCUUCAGUGCUGUUUUCCCCUACUCAUCUCUGGCAAUCUUUUCACCGGAAGAGCUGGUGCGAAUAUUGGGAAAUGAAGAUGAAGAUUGGUCUUUGGAGACUCUGCUCAACGUUGUUCACGCGGACCAUGGAUUUACUUUAGGAUCACCCACUGUUCAGAACCUUUUGGAAAUUUUGAGCACUUUCAACAAGGAGGAGAAACGCAAGUUUUUGCAGUUCCUUACAGGAUCACCCAAACUUCCUAUUGGCGGAUUCAAGGCACUACACCCUGAAUUUACGGUUGUUCUGAAGCAGGCUGAAGAUAACUUGAAGCCUGAUGAUUACCUCCCCAGUGUGAUGACGUGCGCUAAUUACCUAAAGCUUCCAGAGUAUUCCUCUAAAAAGGUUUUGACCCGUCGUCUUAUCCAGGCAAUGAAUGAGGGUGCAAAUGCCUUCUUGCUAUCGUAG